GGCGAACCCUGGAGGAAGGGGUGGGGAGGUUGGUCUCCCACAGCUGAGGUGUACUGUGUGCGCCGUGACGCUCCAGCGUGCAGUCGGGAGCGCGGGAACGAAGUCUGUUGAAUUGGUAUGUAGCCUGGAUGCCUGGGUUCCAGGCCGUGCUGUCAUGGCGCUCCGCAAGUCGUCCAACUGAAGGAGACCCGUUGAACUGGCUCUUCUCAGGAGAGAGAGAGAGAGAGAAAGAGAGAAAAAGAGACAUUGAUGUGAGAGAGAAACAUCGAUGGGCUGCCUCCUGUAUGUGCCCCGACCAGGGACUGAGACCACUACCUAGAUUUUACAGAGCCUUUUAAAGAUGAAUGAAGAAAAAUUGGAAACUCUACAGCAGCGGAAACUUCCAGAAUGGAUGUCUAUGCAGAAUAAAAGAUGUCCUAUAGAAGAAGAAAGAAAGGCAUCUAUUCAGAAGAGUGUUUUUGAAGAUGACCUUCCCUUCUUGGAAUUCACUGGAUCCAUUGUAUACAGUUAUGAAUCUAAUGAUUGUUCUUUCCUAUCAGAAGAUAUUAGCAUGAGUCUUUCUGACGGCGAUGUGGUAGGGUUCGACAUGGAGUGGCCCCCAGUAUACCAGAAAGGGAAACAGAACAGAGUCGCACUGAUUCAGCUGUGCGUGUCAGAGAGCAAAUGCUACUUGUUUCAUAUUUCCUCUAUGUCGGCUUUUCCUCAGGGAUUAAAAAUGUUGCUUGAAAAUGAAGCAAUUAAAAAGGCAGGUGUUGGAAUUGGAGGAGAUCAGUGGAAACUUCUACAUGACUUUAACAUCAAAUUGAAGAGUUUUGUGGAACUAACAGAUGUUGCCAAUAAAAAGCUAAAAUCUACAGAGACCUGGAGCCUUAAUGGUUUGGUUAAACACCUCUUUGGCAAACAGCUUCAGAAAGACAAUUCUAUCCGCUGUAGCAACUGGAAAAAUUACCCUCUCACUGAGGACCAGAAACUGUAUGCAGCUACUGAUGCUUAUGCUGGUCUCAUCAUUUAUCAAAAAUUAGAAAUUUUGGGUGAUGCCGUACAAUUGUUUUCUAUAAAUAAAGAGGAAGAAAUAAUACCUAGUAAUGUGAGGAAACAAUUGACAUCAAUGUCUGAGGAGAUGGUGGAUCUGGCUAAGCAUCUUCCUGACAGUAUCAGAAAACUGGAAAAUCCACAGAGGGUUUCUAUACUAUUGAAGGAUAUUUCAGAAAAUCUACAUUCACUGAGGAAGGAGAUACUUGGUUCUACUGAGACUGAACUGAGGCCUAGCAGUAAUUUUAACUCACUGCGACUGGAAGACCCAGCUGCUGGGGGAGCGCAACAGAAUCAAAUUAGAGAAGAUAAAGCUUUUCCUGAAGUUAAAGAUGAGACGUGGGAUACAACACUUGAUAAUUUAUUUACGCAUGAUGGAGAAAAUGUGUUUGGAAAGGAAGUGAAACAAGAAGAUGGUUUUGAAGAUGGACUGGAAGACAAUAAGUUGAAAGGGAAUACAGAAGGAAUUUGUUUGAUGUCAUUAGAUAUUACAGAAUAUGAACUCCAACUUUUGGAACAGCAGGCUCAGGAACAACAUCUUAGUGAUGUUACUUGCAACUCCGAGAAUUUAUCUUCCAAGGAUAAUGAAGAAGAUACAUCUUAUAUAAUUGAAAGUGAUGAAGAUUUAGAAAUGGAGAUGCUUAAGUCUUUAGAAAACCUAAAUAGUGGCGCAAUCGAUCCAAUUCAUUCAAAAGGCAUAGAAGUGGAAAGAAAUCUGAAUGUUCCUUUUAAAGAAGAUGAAGAUGAGGAUGAAGCUAUUGAAGAGGAAGAAGAAAAUAAGGAAGACCAUUCGAUACCAGGACCAAAUGCAGAACAAAUUAUUUGCCUCAAGUCUUACUUUGGCCAUUCCAGUUUUAAGCCGGUUCAGUGGAAAGUGAUUCAUUCUGUAUUGGAAGAAAGAAGAGAUAAUGUUGUUGUCAUGGCAACUGGCUAUGGAAAGAGUUUGUGCUUCCAGUACCCACCUGUUUAUGUAGGCGGGAUUGGCGUUGUCAUCUCUCCUCUUAUUUCUUUGAUGGAAGACCAAGUGCUCCAGCUUGGAGUGUCCAACAUUUCAGCUUGUUUUCUGGGAUCAGCACAGACAAAACAUAUGCUACAGGAUGUUAAAUUAGGCAAAUACCAGAUUGUGUACUUAACUCCAGAGUUCUGUUCCGGUAACUUGUGCCUACUCCAGGAACUUGACGCUAUGAUUGGCAUCACGCUGAUUGCUGUGGACGAGGCUCACUGUAUCUCCGAGUGGGGACAUGACUUUAGAAAUUCGUUCAGGGCUUUGGGCUCCUUGAAGGCAGCGUUCCCGCGGGUUCCAAUAGUUGCUCUUACUGCUACCGCAAGUCCCUCCAUCAGGGAAGACAUUGUACACUGCUUAAACCUGAAGAAUCCUCAGAUUACCUGUACUAGUUUUGAUAGACCAAACUUGUAUUUAGAAGUUGGACGAAAAACAGGAUACAUUCUUCAGGAUCUGAAGCAAUUUCUUGUCCAAAAAACAAGCACUACCUGGGAGUUUGAAGGUCCAACUAUCAUCUAUUGUGCUUCCAGGAAAAUGACAGAACAAGUUACAGCUGAACUUAGGACACUGAAUUUAGCCUGUGGAGCAUACCAUGCAGGCAUGAACAUUAGCUCAAGGAAAGAGGUUCAUCAUAGCUUCAUGAGAGAUGAAAUUCAGUGUGUCAUAGCUACCAUUGCUUUUGGAAUGGGCAUUAAUAAAGCCGACGUUCGCCAGAUCAUUCAUUAUGGUGCUCCUAAGGAAAUGGAAUCGUAUUACCAGGAGAUGGGUAGAGCGGGCCGAGAUGGACUUCCAAGUUCUUGUCACGUCCUCUGGGCUCCAGCAGACAUGAACCUAAAUAGGCAGCGUCUUAAUGAGAUACAAAAUGAGAAGUUUCGAUUGUACAAAUUAAAAAUGGUGGCCAAGAUGGAAAAAUAUCUUCGUUCCAGCAGAUGUAGGCGACAAAUCAUCUUGUCUCAUUUUGAAGACAAACAACUACGAAAGGCCUCCGUGGGUAUUAUGGGAACUGAAAAAUGCUGUGAUAAUUGCAAGUUCAGAUUGGAUCACUGCUCUCCCAUUGAUGAGUCAGACGAUAUGUCACAGGACUUCGGCCCACAAGCAUUCCAGCUAUUAUCUGCCAUAAGCAUCUUAGGAGAAAUGUUUGGAAUUGGGGUUCCAAUUCUGUUUCUCCGAGGAUCUAAUUCACAGCGUCUCCCUGAUAAUUAUCGCAGUCACACGUUAUUUGGCACAGGCAAGGACCAAACAAGCAGCUGGUGGAAGGCUUUGUCUCUUCAGCUCAUAACUGAGGGAUUCCUGGUAGAAGUUCCUGGCCGUAACAAAUUUAUAAAGAUUUGCACCCUUACAAAAAAGGGUAAAAAUUGGCUUCAUAAAGCCAGUACAGAAUCUCCUCAGAGACUUAUCCUUCAGGCUAAUGAAGAAUUGUGUCCAAGGAAGUUUCAUCCACCAAGUUCUAGAACUGUGUCUUCAGGUCCUGGCCAGCAUUUCUCCCAUCAAGUACCAGUUGAAUUAACUGCAGAGAAGAAGUCUAACUUGGAGAAGAUGUUUUCCUACAAAACAUUUGAUAAAAUUUCUUCUGGGAGUAACAUUCCUACAAAAAGCAUCAUGGUACAAUCACCAGAAAAAUCUUACAAGUCUUCAGAACCUGUUUUUUCAGCUAAAGAGCAGGAGACUCAGACUGUACUAUAUGGCAAGUUGAUAGAAGCUAGGCAGAAACAUGCCAAUAAAUUGAACAUUCCUCCUGCUAUUCUAGCAACAAAUAAGAUUCUGGUGGAUAUGGCCAAAAUGAGACCUACUACAGAUGAAAAUGUGAAAAGGAUUGAGGGUGUUUCUGAAGGCAAAGCUACUAUGUUGGCCCCUCUGUUGGAAGUCAUCAAACAUUUCUGUAAAGUAAAUAGCGUUCAGACAGACCUCUUUUCAAGUACAAAACCUCAGGAAAAACAGAAGGCAAGUCUGGUGGCAAAAAGCAGAGAACGCUCACUCUCGCCGUCCGCAGCCAUCACGUACUCUCUGUUCCAGGACAGGAAGAUGCCCUUGAAGAGUGUAGCUGAGAACAGGAUUCUGCCUCUCGCAGCAGUUGGCAUACAUUUAUCCCAAGCGGUGAAAGCUGGCUACCCAGUCGAUGUGGAGCGAGCAGGCCUGACUCCAGAGAUUAAGAAGAUUAUCACUGAUGUUAUUCGAAACCCACCCAUCAACUCAGAGUUGAAUAACAUUAAACUAAUUAGAAUGUUUGUUCCUGAAAACAUCGACACGUACCUUAUCCAUAUGGCAAUUGAAAUCCUGGGAAAUGAUUGUGACAACAGACGGUUAUGCCAACCGCCGUGCGAUUCCAACAAAAAGAGAUGUUUUCCCAACUCUGAAGAGAGCUGUUCAAGUUCUAAGAGAAGCAAGGAAGAAGUAGGCCCUGAAACCAAGGACGAGAGUCACAGAAAUUCACUGACUUCUUGGAAUCAACCAUCCAGUGAUCCAGAAACAGAAGAUCUAUUUACAGAUUCACAUUUACAGACAUCAUCUGAAACUUCAGAGAGAAAAUUGCCUGGGUGGUUUGCCAAAGGAAAUGAGACCUUAUUGGAUACCAGCAAGAAAUCAAUGGCCAAGACCAAAAACAAGGGUCUUUUUAGUUAAAAUGGCAGCUGCCAGAGGGCUUAUGUUUGUCUUGCUGUAUUAGAAGAGGUGCUGUGUUUUGUUUAUGAAAAGACUGGGGAAUAAUAUUUCAGUUAAAAAAUGAUUCUAAUUUCAAAGUAAAACUCACCUGUUCAUUAAUCAGCUGGCAUCUUAAAACAGCCUUGUACAAUUCACUUGAAUUUGAGUCUUCUGCGUGAGUACAUCAUAGAAUACUGAACUAGUUUCCUUUAAGAUUGCUUUCAGCAACUGUCAUUGCCCUGUUUUCUAAGCUCUUUAUUUCACCUGUGUAUUUGGAAAAUGUAAUAUGGUGAUAUGAUACAGAUAGCAGAUCAGUAGUUGUGCAGCGAUAAUGUGUGCGUGGUGUAAAACGUUCCUGUAUUACCGGCUUAUGUCUCGUGCAGGAGGAAAACAUAGUGAUUUUGCAACUUGUCUCUACCGGCUUUAGAUAAUACUCUUACGUACAUUGUUAAAUGGUAUUAGUGGACUGAUGCAGUGAAAAUGAUACAUUUUGGGUUCCAUGUAAAUAGGGGAAAAGAAUGUAAUAUAGGUGACCAAUUGCACUAAAAAAUUGUAUUUUUACACUAUUUCUAUUAUUUUUUAAAUAAUAAAUGUAAAGAAUGU